AUGGUUCCAGGUGUACGUACUCGGCAGCUGCUGCUGCUGUUGCUGCUGGGUGUUCUGGCCCCGUCACCAGCAGGAUCAGCACCAACGUCAGCAGGUGGUCUCACCACUCGCUACGACGAGGACAGCGGCCGCAUCCGGCUGUUGACCAAACGAGCCGGUCGUGAGGUCGAGGUGGGCUACAUCACAGCCCACGGCGGCGGCGGCGGCGAACGCCCGCGCAUCCUAGUCCACGAGCUCCGUGGCGAUGGGGAGCGCUUUGACUUCGGCGGCUCCAGAGUCGUGGUCCGGCCCAGAGACACGGCUGCCCGCUGCUUCGCGUUCCAGCAGUGGGUGAACGCUUCGACGACGGUGCUGAGCAGCUGCCAGCACCACCUGGCCAGCCACAUCUACGGCGGAAUCGAGGCGACCAACCAGGUGUGGCCCAUCGAGGGCAACGUGUACGACCACUACCCGUACGUCACCGACCAGGACAACCACGCCGGCAUCGCUUCGCGGUACUGGCUGUUCUCCGACGGGAGAUUCGUCUUCGUACACUCGAACGUCCCCCUUUUCAUCGACCAGCAUACGGAUCAGUCACUGAACAGGCUGUGCUUCAUCGCCGAGAACACGGCUCCGUACCCGGAGAGCCGGCAGGACAACAUUAUGGAGUGGAACAUGUGUCUUUUCGACAGUCCGAGGGACGCCCACCUGUACGCCGUCCAGAACUACCUGGGGAAGCCGACUGCCGUCCCGGACACACGCAUGGCCACGGAACCCGUCUGGUCGACAGGAAACCGGUACAACACCGCUAUCAACGAGCAGAAGGUGCGCUCCUUCGCCAACGAAAUCGUCGCCAGCGGAUUCAACUUCAGCCAGAUCGAAAUCGACGACUAUUGGGAGACGUGCUACGGCAGCCUGACUUUCGAUACGAGCAAGUUUCCCGACGUGCGGACCCUCACAGACGACCUCCACGCGCUGGGAUUCCGAGUGACGCUGUGGGUGCAUCCGUUUGUGGUGCAGGGUUGCGAGCCGUAUUACUCAGACGCGCUGGCCGCCGGUUACUUUGUGACCAACACAGAGGGCAGCACCGACACGCGCUGGUACAAGGGGACCGCCGGAGUCGUCGACUUCACCAACCCUGAGGCAGCCGCCUGGUGGGCGGAUCGACUCAAGACCCUCCGCAAUGAGACCGGCAUCGACUCGUUCGAAUUCGAUGCUGGCCAGACGAGCUGGCUGCCGCAGCUCCCCGUCAUAGAGCCAGUAGAGCGGAACCCCGUCCGCUUCACCGACGAGUACGCGGCGACCGCCUCUCAGUUCGGGCCCCUGGUCGAGAUACAGGCCGCCGUGGAGAGCCAGCGGCUGCCUCACUUCUUCCUGAUGGACAUCGUGUCCAGCAGCUGGGGCGCCUCGGGCGGUCUGCGGACGCUGCUGCCCAAGCUGCUCGAGAUCAGCAUGGUGGGCCACCCGUUCGUGAUGCCAGAGAUGGUGGGCGGCGCGACGCACGUCCUCCCCUCCAAGGAGCUGUACACGCGUUGGCUGCAGGCCACCAUCUUCAUGCCCGCCGUCAAGUUCUCCUUCACGCCGUGGGACUACGACGACGAGACGCUGGAGAUAUGCCGCAGCCUGAUGGAGCUUCGCGCCCAGUACGCCCCGGUCGUCGAGCAGCUCCUGCAGAAGGCGGCGGCCGCCGGCACGCCGGUCAACCUGCCCGUCUGGUGGGUCGACCCGAGCGACUCUGUAGCGCACACCAUCGACUCAGAGUUCCUGCUGGGCGAGGACCUGCUGGUGGCCCCGGUGCUGGACGAGGGCGCCGUCGCGCGCGACGUCUACCUGCCGGCGGGCACCUGGAGGGACGAGGCCGACCCCGAGCACCCCACGGUGCGCGGCCCGCGCUGGCUCUACGACUACUCUGCGCCGCUCAACACUCUGCCCUACUUCACCAGGAUCGCCGACUCCUAG